AUGUCAAUUGAUUACAAGAAACUUGUCACUGAAUCCCCUAUCAUCUACCCUAGUUGGACCCACACUCCCCAGCAGAUCAAGGAUGAUAUGAAGGUCCUCGAAAAGGAGGCCAGGGACCUCAAUGAUAAAGUGGCAAAAAUCGAAGACCCCACUGUGGAAAACGUUCUCAAGCCCUGGAAAGAAUUUGACGACUCUUUCACUCGUAGAGAACUGGUGCUUACCUUCUAUCAGGACAUGUCAACCGACAAAGCUUUGCGUGAUGCUGCCAGGGACGCUGAAAAUGAAUCUCGUCAAACUUGGGUGGAAAUGCUGAUGCGCAGGGACGUGUACGGUGUUCUCAAAAAGUUACUUGUUAAGUUGGAAGCCGAUCCCAAUGCCGACGCCGACGACUUGCGUUUCCUUAAACGGGAAGUGGAAAAUUUCGAACGUGCUGGGUUAGCAUUGCCUGACGACAAAUUCGAACGAGUUAAAGCGAUCAAAUUGGAGUUGGGCAAGUUGCUGACGGAAUUUUCCACCAACCAGAAUGAAGAAAAGGACUUUAUCGAAUUCACCCUUGAAGAAUUGGACGGCGUGCCUCAAGAUACGAUUGAUGGCUUCGAGAAGAAUGGCGACAAAUAUCGCAUGACUUACAAGUAUCCCGAUGUCAUUCCUACAAUGAAGUACGCACACAAUCAAGAGACAAGAAAGCGUGCUUUCCUCGGCUCCCAAUCGAAGUCCCCUCAAAAUGGCCCCAUUCUCGAAAAAAUGAUCAAGUUGAGAUUUGAAUUGGCUAAGCUUUUGGGCUAUGACACUUAUUCCAACUAUGUUCUCGAACAACGCAUGGCCAAGAACCAAACUAAUGUUCUCAACUUCUUGAAUGAUCUCAAAGAAAAAUUGGCCCCCGUGGGUAAGCAAGAUUUGAAGAGAAUGCUUGACUUCAAGAAUAAGGAUUUGAAGGAAAGAGGCUUACCUGUGCAAGACAAGUUGUACUUGUGGGAUAAUGCCUACUACAAUGAAAAGUUGCUUGAAAAGGAAUAUCUGGUGGACAACCUCAAGGUUGCGGAAUAUUUUCCUCUUACUGAGACUUUGGACACGAUGUUUUCAUUCUAUGAGAAGAUCUUUGACAUUAAGGUUGUCAAGUUGAGCGAAGACGAAUUGCCUGAAGGCGCUUUGUGGCACAAGGAUGCUCAGUUGUUUGCUAUUUACCAAAAUGUUGCUCGUGGUGAAAAGAAGAAUGAGUACAUGGGCUUGUUGUACUUGGACUUGCACCCUCGUGAAGGUAAGUACUCGCACGCUGCAAACUUCGGUAUCGACCCUGGUCAUGAAAACCCUGAUGGCUCUCGCCACACGCCCGUGACAGUAUUGUUGUGUAACUUCACCAAGCCAACCAAGGAAAAGCCUCUGUUGAUGAUGCAUUCGGAAGUAGUGACAAUGUUCCAUGAAUUGGGCCAUGGGAUUCACAAUAUCCUCUCGAAGACUCGUUACUCUAACCACCACGGUACUCACGUUGAAAGAGACUUUGUAGAAUGCCCUUCGCAAAUGUUGGAAUACUGGACGUGGCUGAAGGACGAAUUGAAGAAGUUGAGUCGUCACUAUAAGACGGGUGAACCCAUGGACGAUGGUUUGAUCGAUGAUUUAAUUAGAACGAAGAAUGUUAACCUGGGUUUGCACAACUUGCGUCAGUUGCACUUUGCACUUUUUGACAUGACCUUGCACACCAAGACUGAUGAGAAGGACAUUGAAGCUUUGGACUUGUUCAAGUUGUGGAAUGAAUUGCGUUUCGAGUUAGUGGGUCUUGAUGAUGAUAACAAUCCUACACCCGGUUACGCUUCGUUCGGUCACAUUGCUGGUGGAUACGAGUCAGGAUACUACGGAUACUUGUACUCGAACGUUUUUGCUCUGGAUAUUUACUACUCGUUGUUCAAACAAAACCCUAUGGACAUUGACAAUGGGAUCAGAUACCGCGAUAUUGUCUUGAAGCGUGGUGGCUCCAAGGACUCGAUGGACAACUUGAAGGAAUUAUUGGGUCGUGAGCCGAACGCCGAAGCCUUCACCAAGGAAAUCUUAGGCAACUAG